UUGUUUUUCUCUGUGCAAACCCUAAUUGGAGGAGACACCCACAGCCAUUGGAUAAUGCCAGAGAACGCCGCUCGCAGCCGUCGUAGCCCACCGAAUCAGCGGCUGGCGUGAGCAUUGCUGAGAUCAAAUCAAUGAGGAGGAGAGGAGAAAUUUUUGAAAGCAUUUUCGACUUAAAUUAAAUAAAGGAGAGAUCUUCGAUCGGGUUCGGGUAUGUGUGAUCUAGUGGCCCGUACGGGUCGGCAUCAGCAGCGCUACGAGGCCGGCUGUCGCCUUGUCGCCGGGUGUAUUCCAUUCAGGUACCGAAAUUCUGAUGAGAGUGGCAAUGCUGGUUCCGAGAAGAUUGUUGAGGUCCUUAUGAUAAAUUCAUCAAGCGGACCAGGUCUUCUAUUUCCCAAGGGAGGCUGGGAGAAUGAUGAGACUGUGCAGGAAGCUGCGGUAAGAGAAGCUAUUGAAGAAGCAGGAGUUCGAGGGGAACUAAUGGAUUUAGUGGGGUAUUAUCAAUUUAAGAGUAAAACUCACCAGGACGAAGUAAACCCAGAAGGUAUAUGUAGAGCUGCAAUGUUUGCUUUGUUAGUCAAGGAGGAGCUUCAGUCCUGGCCAGAACAGAGCACUCGAAACAGAACUUGGCUGACUGUUGAAGAGGCUACUGGAAGAUGUCGGCAUGCCUGGAUGAAUGAGGCCCUGGUGGAGGGCUUCUCAAAGUGGCAUGGAGAAAAGAUGCUAGGUGCAGGGUAGGACGUAACAUUGAAUUGCUAGUUGGAUGUGCCGAAAUGUACCGAGGCUUUUUUAGGUGCAUUCUGAGGACCUAAAUACAUUUGCUGGAAUUUUGUUGGAACUCAUUUUGGGGCACAUUUCUACACCCAGUUGAUGGAUCAACAGUAUACGACUUGCAUAGUUACCGUCCCUCGUGUUUUGAGAGAGGGUUAAUUUGCAGUUUUCCAUUACAUGUG